AUGGAGAAGACACAUCAGGGAAAGUUGGAGGAGGCUGCAAAAGUUAUUGGAUUUGAUAAAAUGUAUGUAGAAUUUUUUUCAAUCAGUGAAAUUCUUAAAGAUUAUAAUUAUUGUAUGGAAACAAUGGGCAAAGAAAUGUUUCAAAAUGAAUUUGCUAAGGAACUUUGCAAUAAAUUCGUUUAUGCAUUAGAAAAGAUAGCUGAAGAACCCAUAAAAUCUGAAAAUAUACAAUAUUGCAAUUAUUUACGUUACUGGUUGUAUGGUGAAAUAGGGAAAAUAAAUACAAGACAUUCUAAAAUUAUUAAUGAAAUACCUUUUGUUACUGAACUUUAUAAUAUAGUAAAUAAGGUUAUUAAGGGAAAGCUUAAACAAAGUUGUACUGCUUUACCAAGUCCUGAAAAAAAUGUUAAUUUAGAUGAAUGGAAUAAAAGGAAUAUUUCUUACAUUUAUUUUCAAAAUCAUGAUAGAAUUAAAGAAAUUAUCAAUUUAAACGAUGAAAACAAAUGUAGUGAGUAUUUGGCAUAUGUUAAAGGUUUUAAUUCAUUGUAUAAAAAAUAUAAAGCGAAUCAUUGUUCUAUGGGAUUUUCCUGGUUUUUUACUUCUUCCCCUCAUUAUUUUAAUUGCACUUCCACAUAUAACCCAGAAUUUCUUAUAUCUAAACUAGAAGAAUGUAAAUACCACAAAAUUCCCAAAUUAAGUGUUCCAGUUGUUCGUACAUCCACGAGUGGUAAAGGUAAUAUAUUUAAACCAGGAGCAGAUCAAGUAUACGCAAAUCAAAAAGAUAUAAAUGAUGGAGAAGGUGAUGCGCUAACCCGAGAAAAUCCUGUUUCCAAAGUGGAUACAGCGGGAGCAGAAGAUCCACUAGGUUCAGAUGAUUUAGGAAAAGAAGAAGCUCAAUUAGAUUCAAAACGUACAGGAAAUCCAGAUGAUUUAUCAGGAACACAAAGUUUAUUACAUUUGCCAGUACCAAAAGAUGAACAAAACAGUGGUGGACAAGAAGUAACACCUGAAGUUGGAAUAUGGGAAGACACAAUGAGUCACAUACAAUACUGGAAUAACGAGCAUAGAAUUAAUCAAACUAAUUAUGCAUUUCCAUAUAUGUUGUCCAAUUCUAAUAUUUUGUUUAAAAGAAUUUAUGAUGUAUUCAAAUCAAUACAUUCACGCCACAUUAUCAUGAGUGCUUCAAUUUUGUGUGUAAUAAUAUUUCUUGUCAUUUUCUUUAAGUUCACUGGUCCAGGAUCAAUUUCAAAUAAAAAGGAGAAAAUGAAAAGAGACUUUGAAAAUAAUUAUAAUGAUGAAUAUGAAGAAGAAUUAUCAAAAUAUAUGUCAGAAGAAUUUCUUACACAUUCGCAAAAUAGCGCGGUGCAUUUGUCAUAUCAGCCUAGACGUGAUUAUUUUUACUAG